ACAUGCAGAGGUGUUGUUAUUUUAAUUUGAUUGAGGGACAUUUUCCAUGGGGCAAACGUGAAAAAAAGUAAUUUAAUAGAUUAACAAGUUAAGGAAGCCAUUAUGUCAAAAGCUGUUAAAAACAUGCAUAUUUUAAACUCAUUUUAUGGUUCAACACAACUAUAGCCAAAGCGGUACGCUGUUUCAGAGCCGAGUUUCCAGCCGGACAUGUUAUGUGUUACAACAAAGAUGGCUGCCCACUGUAGCGGUUCACGCCUCCGGUAUUUAAUGCAUCUCGCACAGGAUAAUGUGGAUUUCAGGUUACCGGAAAUUAAAGCUUUGCUUGCUUUGAGGGGGAAACAGUUUCAUCCUUGUGAAAACUUCAAAGAACAGUCUCCUUUCUGGUGCUUGGAGGAUUUGUCAGAAGAUGAUGUCCGCAGUGUCAUGGCCAGAUCUGUUUGUGCAAAGUCUGCCUUUGAGCUUUGGGGUCAUGGACAGACAGACGGGGAACUCAGAACAUCUCUCCUUAACUACCCACCUCAGAGCAUGAGUCCAUUCAUGCACAAAGACUCUACCUACAGAAUUAACGUCUAUACUUUCAACAAAACGUUGCUGUUUGCAGACAGAAUCAAAAAGAUUGAUGCUUUGGAAUAUCUUCCCUUUGAGGGCACAGUGAGCUUGAAGACCCCUCAGCACAUCUUCUGUCUGCUGGAGGAUUACGGCACAGAUCCCAACAACAUCCCAGAGCGUCCCGACUAUAUCUACUUCGGCAGAUGGAUAGCAGAUGGUCAGCGGGAGCUGAUUCGCACCCACAGUGUGAAGAACAGACACUUCAUAGGGAACACCAGCAUGGACGCUGGCCUCUCCCUCAUCAUGACCAACCAUGCUAAGGUCAAAGAGAACGAUCUCGUCUUUGACCCUUUUGUUGGCACGGGGAGCCUUUUGGUUGCAUGUUCUCAUUUUGGAGCAUAUGUGUGUGGAACAGAUAUCGAUUACAACACCAUACAUGGCAGAGGACGGUCUAGUCGCAAAAACCAGAAGUGGAGGGGACCGGACGAGAACAUCAGAGCCAACCUCAGACAGUACGGAACGGAGAAGAUGUUUGUGGAUGUGAUGGUUUCUGAUGCAUCCAAGCCAGUGUGGAGGAACGCCGCUCUGUUUGAUGCCAUCAUCACUGAUCCUCCGUACGGUAUUCGGGAAUCCACAAGGAAAACCGGCUCCUACAAAGAAAACACUAAACUACCUGACGGCAACUAUGUAGAGUCCCAUGUGCCAGUCUCUCAGGCCUACCACCUGAGUGACAUCUUCACAGAUCUGCUGAACUUCUCUGCUCACCACCUGGUUUUGGGUGGGAGGCUCGUCUACUGGCUGCCUAUCUACAGGCCAGAGUAUUGUGAGGAGAUGGUUCCCCAUCAUCCGUGUCUUCAGAUCAUCAGCAACUGCGAACAGACGCUCUCCAGCCACACCUCUCGACGCCUGAUCACGAUGGAGAAAGUCAAAGAGCCAGAGGAAUCUGACAGCUCUGCUCAUCUAUCAGACCCAAGCUUCAGCACCUACCAGGGACACAACGCCUUCAGAGAGAAAUACUUCAGUGGACUGAAUAAGAGAUGUGUCAAGGACGACACAAAAUACUUCCAUGAAAAUUAGUGACUUUAAGCAUUUUUGUUGCAUUAUUAUAAUUAUUAUUUUUAAUGUACUAGAUAGAACAUUUUUUACUGUUUUUAUUAUUUUUAAUUCUCAAUAAAUAAGCAGAUAAAACACAA